AUGGAGACAGCUAACAAUGGUUUAUGUCAUAGCCGUGGACACAGUCUUAUUGACAAGCUAAAGAACAUCCGUCAGAGAUGCAAUAAGUGGAUUCCUCAAGUGAGGAAAGUGGAUGAAGCAUGUCCUCUGGUCAAAAAUGAUCUCAGGAAGAUCUACAAAAGCAAGAAGAUCAAAGAGAAUAUGGAGUUGUGCAGCACCAAAGUAGGUGUGCCAAUGAACCACAUCUUCGCAGUGAAGAACUACCAUGAUGAGAUCGACACAAAUGAUGACACUGACAUUCUGAUACUAAAGGCCUUUGAACAGAUUGUUCAGCUUGCCAGUGAUAGAUUGGAGGAUAACCAAGAUCCUCAGCAGAAAGAAGUGCUGAAAAAGAGGCUGACACAGUUCUCUUUGAGUGAUCCAGAUGUGAAAUAUAUUGGGAUCCUGGUAGCUGGACAAGUUGGAGCAGGAAAGUCCAGCUUUAUUAACUCUGUCAAUAAUGUCUUUCAAGGGCGGAUCACCUCCUCAGCACUAGCUGAUUCAUGUUCUGGUUCUAGUUAUAGUUUCACAAAACAGUACAUAACACACCGUAUCACAAAUGGGAGCAGUGGCAGUUUAUUGCCUUUUGUCCUUCGUGACAUAAUGGGCUUGGAACCUGACAACAUGUCUGGAUCUUCACCAGAAGACAUUGUCAAUGCUGUAUUUGGCCAUGUGAGAGAACAAUACAAAUUUGACCCAAAGAACCCACUUACUUUUAAGGAUGAGCAGUUUAACAGUGACCCCAUCCUCUCUGAAAAGGCACUCUGCUUGGUUUACAUCUUAGGUGCAGAUACAAUCCAAUUCACAGAUGAUCGUCUCAUUGAAAAGUUGCAAACAGUUCGUCAGAGAAUCAGUGAAAAAGGGAUUCCUCAAGUGAUUGUCAUGACUAAAGUGGAUGAAGCAUGUCCUCUGGUCAGAAAUGAUCUCAGGAAGAUCUACAGCAGCAAGAAGAUCAAAGAAAAGAUGGAGUUGUGCAGUGCUAAAGUAGGUGUGCCACUGAACCACAUCUUCCCAGUGAAGAACUACAGUCAUGAGAUUGACACAAAUGAUGACAUGGAUGUUCUGAUACUAAAGGCAUUGGAUCAGAUUGUGCAUCUUGCUAAUGACAGAUUGGAGAUAAUACAAAGAAUGGAUGUGUAAUAAGAACAAAUUAAAGUAUGUCAGUACUGUUAUUCCCUCAAUAUGUCAUGUUUGAAAACCUUUCAGAAUUAGAUUCAGAUUAAGGCAAAGUCUUAUUGUGCUUUUAUUCCAAGCUCUUAUUGCAUUCAGUCAUUUUACAUUCUUUAUGAUUUUCUUCAUGCAUUUGUAUUCAUUCAUACAUAAUUUUUAAACAAACAUUUAUUCAUGUAUUCCCUUGUUACUAUGUUCUUUA